GCAUGUAGUAAAAUCGUUGUUAGUGUAGGUAGAUCGAUUUUGCGUUCGUACGAUGUUGAACAGCAGCCGAACGGUAAAUUUUAAAUGUACCCGUUCAGGGCUGCUUCGCGUGCCAUUUUGACAGUUUCAUUUCAAAACAGUGCAAGUUGACACAACUUCGUUGAAUGCCAGAUGUGUUUGACGUUUGCUUCGUUGAGCUCACGCAUUUUAACACCGUUUUCGUCAAAAGACGGAUCGAAAACAAACAUGAGAAAGUGUUCACAGUGAAUUUCAAAAGUUUGGAAAUGUUGUGAAGAAUUGUGUUGAAUUGCUCUCAGCAAAAACGACAACGAUCACCGUCUGGUUCACAUAUUUUUACCACCAAGCUUACAUAACGUUAAAUGUCUCGCUGCGUGUGGUACUCCUUGCGCUCGCCUCGUGGUGUGGUCGGUGGAUUUGGUGCUUCGCUGCACUAUUGCUUGCCUCAGUUUGCAGCGCGAGUAUGCGCUUUUUCUUCAAAGGACACUGGAGAUGAUCCACCGCCCACAAACCCACCGGAAAGAGGUAGUGGCACGAACAAUGCACCAUCUUCAAACACCAGUUCGAAAAAAUUCGUACGCAACGCUACUAUAUUGGUGCAGCAAGGUUGCGACAUCCAGGAGCUCCCCGUAGUCGUUCGCAAGAUUGCGGAGGACGAGUUUAUAUCGUUUGUAUCGAAUAAAAUAAUCACUGCACCGCUAUCAACACCACCCAGCAACACCACAGUGGAAGAAUCAGCUUCGGCCAAUGAUUUAAAAGCAUCGUUGGAAGCCGAUUUAGAAAUUAUACGAAGUAUUGACGGUUGCCAUUCCACCAAAGGGGUGCUGACGAUACUGAAGGAACGAGAGAAUGAGGCGCCUUCAGGAACGGCUGGGUACGGUCCCAGUGUGGCAAUCCGUGCGCUCGAGAAGAUACUCAAGGUGGAAAGUUUGCUGGAAUUGAAGGAACUGGAGGAAACCGAGCCGUUUGAGCGGAUUGUCAACAGCAUCGUGUUCCACGCGGAUUCGAAAGCCAUUCUAGAUCUGUUGGAUGAGCUGCGAAGCUAUUUAGAACUGCCAAAAACAAUAGACAUGCUGGGUAACGAGAUGGUCUACCGGUGCUCAGAAAAUACGCUAUCAAUCGAAGAGUGUUGCGAUGCCAUCGAAGUGCUUACCCAAUGCCGGCGGCCAGAAAUGGUGGAAAAGUUCUGGAGCGGCAUAGCCGACCAGGAGAAGUCCAUUAGUGAGCGCAACGUGCAUUUCGUGUUUUCUAGCUUACCUUACCUUAAAGUUAGUCGACGAGCGGUGCUGACGGUGCUGGAACGGCGCAUUCCACAGCUCUGGUGGCAGAUGUCGCCAAAUGCCACGAUUGAGGUGUUGCAAGCUCUCGUGGCCUGCAAACUGUCCCCCUACCGCGUAACACAAACGCUCGCCCGGUGGCUGAACACAAACAUUCACGCGGUGGCUGAGGACGAACUGGGUGCAAUACUGGAAGCAUUCACAAACUUAGCCUACUCGGAUGCACAAAUCGAGCGUGCAAUAGAGCGGUACGUGAAGGCAAAGGGCGUGAAGGUCAGUUCGCAAAAUCUCAUCGUUACGAUACUGCGGCAUUGCGAAGAGUUUCGCCUUCGAAACGCGCACAUCCUUAACGGGUGCAGCGAGUUCUUCAUUGCCAACUUUGGCCAGCUCGAGCCGUCGUACCUGAAGGCGCUCUUCUGUCCCUUCGCCUAUCUGGAUUUUGUUCCGACGAAUGCGACCAAAUUCUUCGACACGAUGAACAUGUUUCUUGAUCUACAUUUCGCCAAAAUUCGCCCGACCGACACGAUCGAUAUAAUGUUUGCGUACAUCUGUUUGGAGCGCUUUCCGCUCAACUUUGUCAAUCGAAUUUUCAACCCCUACUUUCUCGACGUACUGCAUGCGAAAACGCGCCCGGAACGGCUGGAUGUAGUUCGCGGCAAGCUGAAAGUGUUCGAUACUGGCCUAACGCUCGAGUGUCCGGAUUACGAUGGGCCGCUACUUCCGCGGGAUCACUCGGCCAAGGCUGUGUUUCACGAUGGCCGUAUCAAGCGUAUCGUCAACUACAUUACGACCGAGCUGGAAGAAUUGGCCGGCGGGCCGGAGUGUAUGACCAAGUUCUCCGUCCUGCAGCAUCUGCCAGUGAAUUCGUUAUAUUUGGUUGAUGUCAUUUUUCACCCGCCCGGGUUAGGUAACAUAUUCUCCUUAAAUACCAUGAAGGAGCGCAACAUCAACGUGGCGGUGCUGGUGCAUCUGCCGGAGUAUUUCGACAGCACCGGAAAGUAUUUGAUUGGACCGCAGGUCAUGCGAAUACGGCAUCUGCGACGGCUCGGACUAAAGGUGGCCACACUGCGUUUCGAUGUGCUUUACAAGCUUAAAAUACACCCGCAGGAGCUGCGUGAAUAUUUGGUAGAGCGAAUGAAACUGGCCCUCGAUGCGCUACCGCCACCUGGUGCAACAAUGACUGUCGACGGUUCGCUGUAGGUGCGCGACAAAUCCAAGCACAAGCGCUGGUUCGCCACCCCUAGAGUUGUGAUAUACAAUAUGUAAAGUAUCGAUGCGAUAAUUACGUGACGAUUAGCUUAUUAGCCUAGCUGCGCGGCGCUGUACGUUAGUUUUAUUCAACCGUUAGUUGUGUAGCAUUACGGUCCACCUUUGACGGAGAAACAAUUACUGAAAAAUAAACGCGGUGGAGUGUAGCGUGAAAAUGAA